ACAAACAACCAUUCACACUCACAUUCAUACCUAUGGACAAUUUAGAGUCUCCAAUUAACCUAACAUGCAUGUUUUUGGAAUGUGGGAGGAAACCGGAGUACCCGGAGAAAACCCACGCACGGGGAGAACAUGCAAACUCCACACAGAAAUGCCCAGCGGAGAUUCGAACCCAGGUCUUCCAUGCUAACCACUAGACCCCUGUGUGGCCCUAGUAUUCUCAUUCUUCUCAUUCUUGUGGGAACAGUAUACCAUUUGUUUUCUUAAGCAACCUCUAUGGUACAACACAUACUGUGUACAGUAUCAUAAACAAGUGGAUGAUGCGUGGUGGUAAAAGUUGUCUACCACCAUACAUGUCUAGCUCCAAAGGCACAAUGUUUGAUACAGGUCUGGUAUUCGAUCCUUUUGGAUUGUGCAGUUGUAGCUAAUGUUUUGUCUGGUGGGUGUAUAUUUAUUUUGGCUUAUAUUGAAAGGUUGCAUCAUGCAAAACACAACAAAUCCAGAAUGCUACAUUUGCAUAGAUGAACAAUCACAUGUUAACAGCAGCGGGUGCCACAGCAAUGCUGUGACUUUAACUGGAACUCAAAUCACCUGCCUGCCCUACUCCAGUCAUAUGAACCCACGUGAAUGUAUAAUUAGAAACAUGCCAGUGAUAUGCACAUUGUGUUUAAGAGAAAAGAAGGAGGAAAUGAGACUGUCACUUUCAAUGAUGCAGGCGUUUCCCUGAAGUUAUUUUGUGUGUGUGUGGGGGGGGGGAUAAUGAAACGCUCCAGUCUUGGCAUGACAGCAUGUCAAGCAAAAAAAAAAAAAAAAAUGGCAGUGGGACUGCAAUGAAAGCAACAGCUUGGUAAAGAUAGGCCAUGCAGACUGGCAGCCUUGGACAGAUGGGAGGGAGGAAGAGGAGCAAAAAGUGACGUGACAGAGCCCUGGUCGUGCGCUCUGAGGAUUUUGUCAUCCAUCAGUGUUUCUAGUGACGUUUCCAUUACUGUGGUCUCGCAUGGCUGAGCAGGAGGAGGCAGUGGUGAUGACUGAGAGGCCAGCACUGACCACCAACAACCUUCAUGAUCUUCUUAUGGUUACCCUCGGGCAGGUUCGCCAUUGCGGAGUCCAAUCGGGUCGAUCCUCCAUAUAUCCCGCGAGUUCCACAGAGCUCACCUCUCCUGCAUCCCUCCUCAACACGUCCACGUACAUUAGCAUGGGACAGAGUUGGCUCCCAUAGUGUCAGCUUGCUCGCCGGACAUUCCAGAUGUCACUGGUAGCGCUGUCGAGAGCAACUGGUUAUAGCCUUCUCAUACCAGGAAUGACGUACACUGACUUCAGCAGUGUGUAGGGACAAUGAGGAUGGGUGCUGGAGGCCAGCUGACGGAGAUGGGGAACAACGUUUACACCUGGGAGGAGAUCCAGAGACACUGUAGCAGGAACGAUCAGUGGUUGGUCAUUGAUCGAAAGGUUUACAACAUCACACAGUGGGCCAAGAGGCAUCCUGGAGGUUUUCAGGUCAUCCACCAUUAUGCUGGAGAGGAUGCCACGGAUGCAUUCACUGCUUUUCAUCCCGAUAAGAAGUUUGUGCAACGCUUUCUGAAGCCGCUGCUGAUUGGAGAGCUGGUGGAGACAGAACCCAGUCAGGACAGACAGAAAAAUGCUACAGUCAUAAAGGACUUCCAGGCUUUACAUGCUCAAGCAGAGUGCCAAGGUCUGUUUCAAGCCCAGCCCAUCUUCUUCCUGGCCCACCUGGCUCACAUCCUGCUGCUGGAGUUCCUGGCCUGGAUGCUGGUGUGGUUCUGGGGCACCAGUUGGCCCCUAACACUGUUCUGUGCUGUCCUGUUGGCGAUUGCGCAGUCCCAGGCAGGCUGGUUGCAGCAUGAUUUUGGUCACCUGUCUGUGUUCAAAAGGUCCACAUGGAAUCGUGUCGUCCACAAGUUUCUCAUUGGACACUUAAAGGAUAUGGCCUGGUCAGUGUCUUACUACCUUCGCUACUUCAGCUGUUAUGUUCCCCUUUAUGGUCUUCUGGGCUCAAUAGUGCUCAUCAUCUUUGUCAGGUUUCUGGAGAGCCACUGGUUUGUGUGGGUGACUCAGAUGAAUCAUCUGCCGAUGGCUAUCGACCAUGAGAAGCAUCAGGACUGGCUCACCAUGCAGCUACAAGCCACCUGCAACAUCGAGAAAUCCUUCUUCAACGACUGGUUCAGUGGACAUCUCAACUUCCAGAUUGAACACCACCUUUUCCCAACAAUGCCACGUCACAACUUCCACCGGGUGGCGCCGCUGGUGCAUGCGCUCUGUAAGAAACACAAGAUUCCAUACCAAGUGAAGUCUUUGAGGCAAGGCCUCGCUGACGUCAUCAACCAUUCAGAGGUGGACUUGCUGGAUCAUUGUCCUGCUGCAGAACACAAGUUGGUUUCAGCUUGCGGUCACAAACAGACAUUCUCCGGACAUUCUCCUUCAGGAUCUUUUGGUAGACAGCAGAAUUCAUGGUUCCAUUUAUCACAGCAAGUUUUCCAGGUCCUGAAGCAGCAAAACAGCCCCAGACCAUCACACUACUACCACCAUAUUUUACUGUUGGUAUGAUGUUCUUUUUCUGAAAUGUAAUAGGACACACACCUUCCAAAAAGUUCAACUUUUGUCUCGUCAGACCACAGAGUAUUUUCCCAAAGGUCUUGGGACCUCGUCAGGAUGUUUUCUGACAAAAUUAAAACAAGCCUUAAUAUCCUUUUUGUUCGGGAGUGGUUUUCGUCUUGGAACUCGGCCAUGCAGGACGUUUUUGCCCAGCGUCUUUCUUAUGGUGGAGUCAUGAACACUGACCUUAACUGAGGCAAGUGAGGCCUACAGUUCUUUGCAUGUUGUUGUGGGGUCUUCUGUGACCUUUUGGAUGAGUAGUCGCUGCGCUCUUAGGGGUAAUUUUGGUUGGACAACCACCCCUGGUGCUCUAAAUGGCUUUAUUGCCUUUGCCAGACUGAUAGAUCUCAAUUAAUCUCAGUUAAGUUAUGUUUUAACAGGAGAGUCAAUCACUUUUUCACACAGGAUCAUGUAGGUUUGGAUUUUUUCUCCCUUCAUAAUAAAAAGUUUCAUUUAAAAACUGCAUUUUAUGUUCAGUUGUGAUGUGAUUGAAUAAUAUUUAUAUUUGUUUGAUGAUCUUAAACAUUUAAGUGUGCCAAACAUGCAAAAAAAAAAAAAAAAAUCAGGAAGGGGGCAAACUUUUUCACACCGCUGUAUAUAGUGGCAGUAUUUGUGGACGCCCGGCACAGAUUUUUUCAGAUUUAGAUUUAGAUUAGUUCACUCUCACUCACAAACACAUUAUAAUGGGAAUUUCUGUGUAGCUUGUCUUUACAGCUCUGCACAGUAGAUGGCAUUGUAAUCUGACUUCUUAACACACCUUAUACGUGUAACAGUGGUCAUCCUGCACGGUCCAGCCUUGCACACACCGACGCCCGAUCCCGAGACUCGAGCAUGCUAGCCGGGAGGCUGAAAGCCCAGGCUGCCAACCUACUGACCAGCACGGCUCUUCAGGAAGUGAGGUUUAUGUAACGUACUAUUUCACAGCUAAGCUAGCUGACCCUUACAUACGCGCGUAAACCACAGCUAACCUGGCCGCACAUUACAACGCAUCUGUUCAUCUUUAUAGUGGGAUAUUAGAUGCACAAUGAUGCGUACAUUAUCCUUCAAAUCAGCACACACUUACAUGAAGCUGAUUAUGGUGCUUUACACAAGACGGCAAACCAUAGCAAUCCUUACGUAUUAAGGGUGUCACGAGACACCCAACUCACAAGACGAACCGAUGAGCAAGAUUGGGUCAAUGGGAACAAGACGAGAUGUUAACAUAAACUUUAAGAACAGUACAAUGAAAAAAUAUGACUGAACAAACAAACUUCUGUUUGUCACAGGACAUUGCAGGUGCAUUUUGAAAUGCGUAUUGUCCCACAAAUUGAUGCUAAACGAUAUUGUCAACAUUUUUGGAGACUAAAUAAACAAUUAAUGCUAUGAUGAUAUUUUAUAACAAAUAACAAUAAUAUUCAUCCAUCCAUCAAUUUUCUACACUGCUUGUCCUCACUAUGGUUGCGGAGAUGCUGGAUAAUAUAAUGUACACUGUAUAAUAAAAUACACUGUUGUAAAGUUGGAAUUGCUGUUUGUGACAUGUACUGUAGUUCCUCUCAGGCAAUUCAUACGGUCUGUCGCACUUUUCAGCAUUUCUUGAAAUACUUGGCUUUUCGACUGUAUUAAAGAGCAGCAUUUCUUUUGUGAUGAUUUUCUCUGAACGCACAUCAUUUUGCGCUGCUCCGGUUGUAUUUACUUUGCCGACCAAACAUCUCAGUGUGUGUUGGCUGUCAGGACGACUGACAAGGUCGAGUGAAGUCCCAAAUCACAACCUUAAAAUUUUGUAGUCUUCACAGUUCAUAAGCACUAGAGGUGCCACGAUACACUCAGUUCACGAGAUGAGACAAUUCACAAUAUAAUUUAUAUUAAAAUAAUGCCGACAGUACUAAUCAUUUAUGUUGAUGUGUAGUAAUGUAAAGACAUGUAAAGACAAAAUCUGCAUUAUUCAACAAUAAAGAACUAGAGUUCCCAUGAUGCUUAGAGUGCCGUUUCAGGAAGUAGUAGCAUCUGUUUUGCAUAAUGUCAAACUAUCAAAUGUUUUGAUCCAAGUCAUAUGCAGCGGUCAUGUUUUAAUCUGACAAAUCUUAAGUAACUUUUAUCAAAUUUCGCCUCCAAAGUCAUCAAAAUUGUGACUCCAGUCCAAGUCGUAUGACUCAAGUCCACACCUCUGGUAAACUGUAUAGGAAAUACCACUCGAGUGGCUUCAUUAAUAAUAAAUAUGAAUGUGUAGGUCUUAAAAACAGAUGUCGGGCUUGAAAGUACAGUACAGUUCCAUCAUUAAAAUGACAAGAGUGCCCUCUCAUUCAUCUAAUCUAGUGAGAUGAUUAACACACCUCAAUAUUUUGACUCCAGAGUGUUGUGUACUUGGAGACAAGAUUAUGUUAAUGAUGGCUGUCCAUACCGACAAAGAUAACGAGUUGCACUUGUUCAGCAUUCCUCCUCUUGUCCUACUCCAAUUAACAAUAAUUGGAUGUGACAGCUAAAUUACACUAUACACGUCCUCAAAUCAUUUUCUUUCACAAUUUCGCCACUACAUAUAAUCAACAGGAAAUAUAAGAUUGCAGCCCACAAAUAUAUUUUGAAAUAAUAUAAUGGGCCUUGUACUUCAUCACGAGCUCUUCAUAUGAUGUACUAGCCAUGUGUCUCUGGAUU